GGUGUGUGUUGUGUUAUUAUGUGUAGAAAAAGAAAAGGAUGGGCUGAUUGUGAUAAGAUGGCUGCAGCCGCUGGCGUCAUAGGUGUCGCGCGAUCGCUCGCAGACGGCGGCAGAACAGAGAAGAAGGCGGAAUGGAGCAAGAAGUGUUCAACAGCAGAUAUGCAAAGUAACCAAUGCCUAUCUACUGUAUACCGGUACCAGGGUACGAUCGGCGGAGACCAUAACAGACGAUGUUAUGCAGAAAACCGGAAACCAGCAUCCCCUGCUUCUGAUUCCUAUGUACUAUGUGCUCAGAGGACUCCGAGUCCUUGGUUGUUGGUAUAGCCGUAUAAGUUAAGUGUUUUUAGCAGAUCAAUCAGGAUCUUGAGCUGACGUCAUUAACCGCCCUUCCCCCUGGACGAACAGAGGCAGAUCGACACGCCCAACUGCUGCAAAAGACG